CUGGUGCUCUAGGGUGAGCUCUGCCCGGCUGCAGGGAUGGCGGGGAGGGGUAAGCUCAUCGCAGUGAUCGGAGACGAGGACACGGUGACUGGUUUCCUGCUGGGCGGCAUAGGGGAGCUUAACAAGAACCGCCAUCCCAAUUUCCUGGUGGUGGAGAAGGAUACAACCAUCAAUGAGAUCGAAGACACUUUCCGGCAAUUUCUAAACCGGGAUGACAUUGGCAUCAUCCUCAUCAACCAGUACAUCGCAGAGAUGGUGCGGCAUGCCCUGGACGCCCACCAGCAGUCCAUCCCCGCUGUCCUGGAGAUCCCCUCCAAGGAGCACCCAUAUGACGCCGCCAAGGACUCCAUCCUGCGCAGGGCCAGGGGCAUGUUCACUGCCGAAGACCUGCGCUAGGGGACUCCUCAUAGCCCUCAGCCCUUCCCUCGUUUCCAGGCCUCUCCCCAGGCUUGCCAUCAGCCUUCUUUACUUUUUGAGCCUCUGAUUUCCAAUUCCCUGCUCCUUCCCACUCCAUUAAGAGGCUAGGUGAGGCGCUUCUAGGUUGCUGGGGCUCUGCUGUUAAAAUCAAAGCUG